CCCAUUCGUUCUUCAUUGCAGGAUCUUUCUGCGAUGAACGUCGACGACGAUUAUGACGAAUAUUUUGACGAUAUUGACGAGCAAACUUUAGCCUCAUUGGCCGAGCUGGAACAAAAGAACGCCUCCAACGCGCCCGAGGAACCUCCAGCAAAACGCCAGAAACUUCACCAUACACCGGACGCCUUUGAGCUCGAUGAACUUCCCGAAAUCUCUGUUCAAAAUAAUUCUUAUUACACCGACAUAGACACUCUCUUAUCGGAGCGGGAUCAGAGGCCACUCAUUACCACUCGAAACGACCAUACGAACGCCAGCACCAUUCCAUGGCCACAUUUAGCCACUAGAAACGCCCAUCCAUCAAGUCAACACUCAGUGCAGUUGAAUGCUAGAGUUGGCUCAACUGGUUCUCAUCACCAAGCUAGGCGGGGUGGCUUGCGGAGACCCAAUUCUAGGCUUGCCAUCAUCACGUCGGCGUUGGCCACUUCUAGGCCACCCAUAACUCCUGCACCUCUUCAAACAUUCAACACCGGACCUGACCCUCACACACUAGAGCAGAUAGACGCAUUGAAAAAGAAUCUCAAUGAGUUGCAUGAAGAAAACACGAGAAUUCAAAACUUUCUGAGGGAAGCGCAAGAAGCGCGGUUCUCCAAAGAAGGCGAAGUGACCAUUUUGAGGAAAAAUAUGGAGAAGACUGCUCAGGAGCAUGCUAACCAGCUAGCUAAGUUUCGAGCUGCAAAAGAAGAGGCGGAUGCAAAACAGUUGAACAUGCAAAGAGAAAUGAAAGAAGAACUGGCUCGACUGAAAUCUGAGCUUACUUUUAAACAAACCGAAGCUGAGGCCCAUUCGCUUAGGAAACCUCCCGCGUCCGCCCGCAAGAAACAGACGCAAGCUUCACAGUUACCUCCCCAAACCCCCGUAGGGAAUGGUCGAGUGAUCAAUAGCGUAUUACUAGACAAUCCGGCAUUUCGUACACCUAUGAGGCCGCCACCCCAGGUCAAUCGAUAUGCACCAUCCCCUGAGGUAUCGCGAAAGAGUUCGUUACUCCCUGGAUUCGUGAACGCGUUCGAUCAAUCGAGGCAAAGACGUACUAAGCCCGUCUCCAAAGCAUCUCAACCUGUACUGAAUGACAACCCUUUCGACGUGACGGAGGGAUCAGCGGAAAGAGAUUCUUCUCCAAAUCCUGUCUCAAACUCACCUCCGAUCAUACAACACAAUGAUGAUAUUCUAAUGGACGACCUUCCUGGCGUAAAUCUCGAUGCUAGUCAUAACAUUGACCAAGAAGUGGAAGACGCAGAAAGUGACACUAGUGAGGACCAUGAACUGGUCUCGGGUGUGCCUGCUCCGCAGUUCCACUGCAAUGCCGAACUUACCAGAAUUGUCCUUACCCACACGUAUGUGGUAGGCAAGCUUCCAACGUUACAACUUCUCGUUGAAUCGGCUGCAUCUACGCCUGACUUUUCGUCUGCGGAACUCUUUUCCUCCUCCAUCACUUCUAUACUUGAGGUUCUUUCUAACACCUCUGGGAAUUUUGCUUACGAAUAUAGUAUCUCUAUCUUAACACGAUGUCUACUUACAAUACUUAAUACUCUCAGGGUCAAUCAUCUGAUACCCCCAAUGAUCUCAGUUCUCAAUCUACUUACUGCGCUUUUACGGUUCUUUCCCGAUUUCCAUCUUUCGCUUUUAUCAUAUCCCGAGAGCGAAAGCGAUAACAGGUCCAAGAUAUCGGUUCUACUCUGCCAGAUUGUGAUCGAACUUCUGGAUACUUCAACAACUCACAACUUUCUCGACACACUUUCAGUCGAAGUAUUCAAUCUCCUCGAAUCUCUCGUCUGGAACGUGCCGCAGAACAUGGUCGUCAAGUUGUCCGUGUUUUGUUGCAAUCGAGAAUUGCCCUCGAUCUUAUUUCACACUGCUCAAUCCCACUCGUUUCUAUCUCGCAGUACCCGCUUUCUAGCGUUGCUUUUUUCGUACCCUAAAAUGUACGAAUAUUGUGUGACUAACACGACGGACACAACCGAAGACGGGACUCCUCUGGAUUUCAGUCGCACUCUCAACUUGGACCGUCUAUGUUCUCUAUUGAUAGAUGUCCAUCGAGAUGAUCCAGACGCGAUAAGCAUGAAGAACCACAUCCUCAUGUUCUUCACCGCGUUCUCACUGGCACAUUCCGACGCCCUCAACCUACUCGCCUCCUCAUUAGUUUUCAUACCCUCGCUCAUCACUCACGUCGCAUACCUGUCAAGACCGAUUUGGGAAGAGGAAGACGCAGAAGGUUUCGAACCUCAGUUUAGACCUGCAUCAUUAACAAUUCGGGCUCUGAGUAAAACGUUAUCACUGCUGCAUCACAUCGUAUUCAACGCUACACCGUCUGUCAACCUUCCCGACAAAUUUUUACGAGCACACCCACGUGCUUUCAACGGAAUAAAUCAUAACUUUAUUGUAGCCUUUGGACGUUUAAGCUACGCGGCAGCUCCAGAUUGGGUUGAUGUCGAGGAAAGGCGUAUGAUGACAGGGAUGAUAGAAAUGGCCACAGAAUUAUUGGAGCUUGUGGUUGAUGGUCCAGAGGGAGACGGUGUUUGGUUAAUGUACCACGACGGGCCGGUUGAUGAAGCUAUGGAUGAAGGAGAAAUGGAAAGGGAAGUCAUUGGGCCAGAUACAGCACUUUGUCAAUCUUGAACGCGUUGUCUGUGACUCGCUCUGACCCGACGGCAAAAACGGUUCACCCAAUCGAUCCUCCUUUGAAGCUUCCUGGUAGGAUGUUUUUCUGACAUCGCCAGUCUUUUCACUCGC